UAUGCGCGCACUCGCUUCACGUUCGGCGGCGUAAUUUGUUCCAAACAAAGUAGGAACCACCGCGGAGGCCGGAUGACACCAGCACGCCGCACCGCGUCCCGCACCGCCGCAGUCCGCCUGGUCGUCCGAGCUCAAUAGUCACCAGAACAUGGGUCCAGGAUAAAGGAGAGAAUAUCCCAGAAGCCGUGGACUGCGGGGGUGUUUGGAGGCCCGCGGAGCAGCCGGCCUUUGUGCGGCAGGAGCGGAACCGGAGAGAAGCCCCGUCCCCCAUCCCUAACCAGCUUUCCUGAUUCUAUUCUGGGAGAGUUCAGACCAGUAUCAUCGCCAAGAUAGCUGGGCCAGGCAGGAAGAGGCACACCUCAGAUCCAGACCCCAGCAGCGGUAGUGAUUCGGGCGACGGGCGGCCUGUCAGUGCCAAGUGCCCGAAGAUGGCCAGCAGCGGUGGAAGCGGCGAGGCAGUGGGCCGUCGCGGAGGGGCUCAGCAAAAAGGGGCCAGCGGCAGGGACAACAGCUCGGACCUGGCCUCGAGUACCAGUAAGAAGAAGCAGAAGGACAGGGCCAACCAGGAGAGCAGAGAAGCCAAGAGGGCAGCCGCUGCAGCAGUGGACGGGGUUAUAGCAGAAGUCAAGAAAGAUGUGUUUGUGGACUGGAAGCAGAAUGUCAAUGAAGUGACUGUCAGACUGCGCUGUGGGGAGGGGGUGCUGAGGAUAGAGGAUAUCAACACAACCUUCACUGAUACACACUGCCAUGUGUGCUUCCCAGAUGGACGCGAGUGGAGCUGCCAGUUGCAGGAGGAAAUAGAGGCUUCAUGUAGCAGAGUGCAGUACAAGGAGAAGGGAGGCUUCCUGCAUGUCAUCAUGCACAAGAAGAUUCCCUUUCACAUCUGGCCUUCGCUUAAGUCCAACAAGAAGGAGAAGGAGGUAGUACCUACAGAGACCAAAAAGGACAAAGAGCCUGAGAUGAAGCCUGUUGCCUUGGAGUCAUUAGAGAAACCCAAACUGACCUCCUCGCAGCAAAAGCCCCAGCCCCCCUCCCCACCUGCACCCAGCGAGGCAAAACGCAGUGGCGGCAAAGCCGAUCGGGGUGUCAAGCGCGGCCUGAAAAACAAACCAGCGUGUGACAAGGCCUCCACAGGCUCCGUAGGGGUUAAAUGUGGAGCUGGAGACGGCUCAACCACCACCAGCAAGCCUGUUCGAGUCACGCAAGGCGAGCCUCAGGAACCCAGUGCCAAGCGCACCAUUGGACAGCCGCCCACAACCACCAAGGAGGCCACGUCACCGGCUGACAGGGACAAGCAUUCUGUCAAGUCCACAGCCGGUGUUAAAGCUCCACACACACACCUGCCCGCUGGUCGGAGCCCGCAGACACAACGCAGAGAUGGAGACAACAGAGAAGAGAGACUAGGCAGCGUCAAGGAACAGAAACUAGGAGCUGCUGUUGCUGCUGGCAGCCAAACCAACAAAACUCAGGUGGCAGACAAGCCAAACCAGUCGUCAGACGGGUGUGGAGCAACAGCACAUGGCAGCGAUGGCCAACCAGCAGCUCCAGUCAGCGCCAGCGUCUGCCUGGAACCUGUCAGCUUCAACGACGAAGUGGCCUCCGCCGCUUCUCCAGAAACGCAGGGAGAUCGAACUGACUCAAAGCCAGAGACUAAGCCGAUUGAGCAGGAAGCGGAGCUGGAUACUCCCAUCUGCCAGCAGCUUGAAUCAAGAGAGGCGUGUUCGAUGCCAGCUGUUGGCGUGGCUGCCAUAAGAGGCCAGUCACCCGGUCUCACCCAGAGGCAGGGCAGCUGUGACGGGGAGGAGAAGCGGGACCAGUCGAAGGAGGAGCCUUCUCUGGAAAUACAACAACAGGAAGUCCCAGAGCCGAUGGUUAACUUGCAAUCUGUGAAGAAUGAUUCGUACGAGAAGGGCACUGACCUGAUGGUGGUUAAUGUUUACAUGAAGGGGAUCUGCAGGGACACGGCCAGGGUCAUCUUCAGGGAACAGGACUUCACCCUCAUCUUUCAGACAAGUGAUACUAACCUUCUGAGGCUUCAUUCAGACUGUGGACCAAACACAGUAUUCAAGUGGCAAGUCAAACUCAGGAACCUGAUCCAGCCUGAGCAGUGCAGCUACUCCUUCACCCCGUCUCGACUGGACAUCACCCUGAAGAAGAGGCACAGCCAGCGCUGGGGGGGCCUGGAGGCCCCCGCCCCACAAGGUGCAGUGGGUGGCGCCAAGGUCGCUGUGCCCUCCAGCCCUUCCUGCAUGGAAAAGAGCCAGCCAGGCAGCAGCCAGCACAGCCUGCCAGCCAAGGAUGAGUCUCCGAGGGUCGGGGAGGAGAAACCCAAGCCCCCUAAGGCCUCAACCAGAGUGGAGGAUGGCGGUCUGGAUACUGUGGCUCCUCGGACUGUCUCUGAGCAUGUUGCUAUCACAAAGCCAGAGCCCACCGUUACCGCGCCUAAACCGACUUGUAUGGUGCAGCCCAUGACCCAUGCACCACCUGCCAGCAACGAGCGCCAUGAGGAAGAGGAGGAGAAGAAGGUGUGCCUGCCUGGUUUUACAGGAUUGGUGAACCUUGGAAACACCUGCUUCAUGAACAGUGUCAUCCAAUCCCUGUCCAACACCAGAGAACUCAGGGAUUACUUUCAUGAUCGAGCUUUCGAGGCAGAAAUCAACUGCAAUAAUCCGCUGGGCACAGGAGGCAGGCUCGCCAUUGGCUUUGCUGUGCUGCUCAGGGCCCUUUGGAAAGGAACACAUCAUGCCUUCCAACCCUCUAAACUCAAGGCAAUUGUGGCCAGUAAAGCCAGUCAGUUUACAGGUUACGCCCAGCACGAUGCCCAGGAGUUCAUGGCUUUCUUGCUAGACGGGCUCCACGAGGACUUGAACCGCAUCCAGAAUAAACCUUACACGGAGACGGUUGACUCUGACGGGCGGCUCGAUGAGGUGGUGGCUGAGGAGGCAUGGCAGAGGCACAAGAUGAGAAAUGAUUCCUUUAUAGUGGACCUCUUCCAAGGCCAGUUCAAAUCCAAGCUUGUCUGCCCCACGUGCUCCAAGGUGUCGAUCACCUUUGACCCUUUCCUCUACCUGCCCGUGCCCUUGCCCCAGAAACAAAAGGUGCUCUCAGUUUUCUACUUCGCCAAGGAGCCUCAUAAAAAACCCAUCAAGUUUCUAGUGAGUGUGAGCAAGGAGAACUCAAGCACCGCUGAAGUCCUCGAAUCCAUCUCCAGGAAUGUCAGGGUCAAACCAGAGAACCUCAGACUGGCAGAGGUGGGGAAGAACCGCUUCCACCGCAUGUUCUUGCCGUCCCAUUCCUUGGACACAGUGUCCUCCUCUGACAUGUUGUUCUGCUUUGAGGUGCUUUCUAAAGACAUGGCCAAAGAGAGAGUGGUAUUGCUCCGAGUGCAACAGAGACUCCAGGUCCCCAACAUCCCCAUCUCAAAGUGUGCCGCCUGCCUGAAGCCUCCAGUGUCUGAGGAAGACAAGCUGAAGCGCUGCACUCGCUGCUACCGUGUGGGCUACUGCAAUCAAGUGUGUCAGAAGACUCACUGGCCUCAUCACAAGGGUCUGUGUCGACCCAACUCAGAGAAUGUGGGCCUGCCCUUCCUGGUCAGCGUCCCGGAGUCCCGGCUCUCUUAUGCCCGUCUCAGCCAGCUACUAGAAGGUUACUCCAGGUUUUCCGUCAACGUGUUCCAGCCUCCUUUCCAGUCAGGCAGGACAUCCCCCGAAACAUCCCAGUGCCGGGUUGACCUCCCCCCAAUGCCAGCAGGCACCCCUGAGGGUCUUGGUCCAGGAGAAGAGGCCAUGGGUGGUAGCGGUACUGUUGGAGCAGGUGAUCCGGAGCUGGAGAGUCCCUCCCUGCUGCCUGAAUCCCAAGAAGAGUAUGCUCAGGCCUCGGCCCUCCACUCUGGGGAAUCCGAUUCCCUCUCCUCCUCCCAGACCUCACUCUCCACCACGCGAACUGCAGAUUCAGGAUUUUCUGAGCCGACCACCACCACCACCACCUCCUGCUGUUCUCUGGACCCUCAUGCAGAAAAAGAGACGUCCUGUGAGAAGGCAGUGCGACCAGAAGCUGCAGUAACGGGGUAUCAGCAUCCAAGUGAAUCAGCAUCAGGUCAUGCCAGUCAGUUCUACAUAGCUCUGUUGGACUCCAACAACAAGGAACAGAGGCUGGAUGAGAGAGAGGACCUUCUGGCGGACCUCCCUGAAGACACAAAGCUGGAGCUGGUUUGGAAAAACAACGAGCGUCUGAAGGAGUACGUCCUGGUGAGCUCCAAGGAGCUGGAGUAUGAGGAGGACCCCGGCUCUCUGAGUGAGACAGCCAGAGCAGGACACUUCACCCUGGAGCAGUGCCUCAAUCUCUUCACAAAGCCAGAGGUGCUGGCACCAGAGGAGGCAUGGUACUGUCCAAAGUGCCAGCAGCACCGAGAGGCCUCCAAGCAACUGCUGCUGUGGCGUCUGCCCAACGUUUUGAUCAUCCAGCUCAAACGCUUCUCCUUCAGGAGCUUCAUCUGGAGAGAUAAGAUCAACGACAUGGUUGACUUUCCCGUCAGGAAUCUGGAUCUAAGUAAGUUCUGUAUUGGCCAGAAGGAGGAGAUGCAACAACCCCCUAUCUACGAUUUAUAUGCCGUCAUCAACCACUAUGGAGGAAUGAUAGGAGGCCACUACACGGCCUACGCUCGGCUGCCAAGUGACAAGAACAGCCAGCGCAGUGAUGUUGGCUGGCGUCUGUUCGAUGACAGUACGGUGACCAUGGUGGAGGAGAGUCAGGUAGUGACGCGCUACGCCUACGUUCUUUUCUACCGACGGAGAAACUCACCAGUGGAGAGGCCCCCGCGCUUCCUCAGACCCGUAGGAGCCGAGUCACCCACUUCUGCAGGAGCUACUGCCAGCCAGGCCUCUCUAAUAUGGCGGGAACUGGAGGAAGAAGAGGAGGGGCUUGACGAAGGCCCCCGCGGACUGUUCCGCUCUGCGCCGCGGAGGCGUCAAGCGUCCAGGAACCAACAUGUGGAAGACGACAGAACGGAUGGAUCGGUGCGACAGCACCGCAGGCAGCGGAUGUCGGACUUCCCCGACGACGACUAUGUGCGCUAUUUUGUUCUGGGCACUUUGGCGGCUGUGUUUGCCCUGUUUGUUAACUUGGUCUACCCUCUCUUUAACAAAUCCAACUGGACCUGAGCAGUGACUCGGGUGUGAACGGCCGCAGCAUUCAGAAGUAUGAAUGAGGUUGGUCAGUUUGAUAGGGAAAUCUGGAAGAGGCAGUUAAAGUUUUAAUGCCUAACUGUCCUCUUGUGGAAGAAACAACUCAGCGAGUACAAUGAUUCUACCUACAACACUUGAAGAGUUUGAAUAACUUUACAUGACUCACCCCUUUAAAAUACUUUGGGCACUACUAGUGAUUCACCAGUCAGACCUUUUCAGUCCCGAUACCGAGUACGGAUCCGAUACCAGGGUUCUUUGUGUUCUUUAUGCCUCACUGUAUGGAAGAGACUGGGAUCAUUCUUCUAUGUGCAUGGCAACAUCAGGCUGAAAUUAAACAUUGAUAUCCUAACUUUGUAAAACAAAAUGUAACGGAUAAAUGCAUAGAUAUAAAUGUAUUGAAUUUUUCUUAAAACGAUAAAUUCUACAUAAACCGUUGAAAAAAAAGAAAAAAAAGCAACAAAUUGGUCAAGUAUCGGUAUCGUAGCAUCCCUACACACUACAUCACACAUUAGAAGACACUGAGGUGGCUGAAAAAUAUGAGAAAAGGUCUGUUAAAGCUGCAGUAGAGUGAUGCUACCAGCACACGGUACAGCAGCAUCGAGUGUAAACUAUUCACUUCAUUGCGUCUAUGCAUUGAAUUGAAUUGCUUCCAAUAUAUGUGUGCUUUCCAACAACUUUGCAGUUUUUAGUGUCACAUUUUUAAAAAAUAGUUCCCAUAUGAUCUUACAGUUUGAUUUAUUUGAAGAGGGGUUGCAUGAGGUUCUUAUCCAUAGUCGGGGUAUUACCACACACGGGCAUGGAAGCAACACAAUGUGCUGCUUUGGAUGUGGGCAGCAGCAAAACGUAUGUAUGCCACCAGUUGAAGUGUUCAUUAUAUUUAGAAUAUUUACAGCCCAAUCAGUUGGGGAACUGAAGCCGUUGUAUCCAUCUACGCUCUCGUCAAAGCCACCAGACUCCUUUGGCAUAAACAGUCAUUUUACUUUGUACAACAGUUAGUUAAUUCACAUCUGCCUCAAUCUGUUCGUUUGUUGUUGUGUGACUUUGUUGAAUAAGAACUAACCCUUUAAAAAAAAGAAAGUCACACAGUAACACAAUCUAGCUAACCUAUCGGGUCGCGUUACACCGGCAACUAUAGAGCUCUUUGAGGUAAAAUAACUGUUGUCAAAGGAGUCCUGUGGCUUUGAAUGGAGCAUGGAGAACACCUUCAGUUACGUUUAGCUGCUGCUCCUGUCCACAGCAGUACGUUGCUACUUCUGUCUGCUUCUUCAAACUGUGGACAUGCUGACUGUCAUCUACUGUUGAUACUACACAGACUAUAGAUAAGUACCUCAUACAACCCCACUUCAAAUAUUGCAAACUAUCCCUUUAAUCCCCUACACUGGUAUGUCACCAUGGAGCUGUAUUAUUCUUCACUUUGGAAACAGUAGUUUAACAAAAUUAAAUAAAUCAUAACUCUGGGUGUGGGUGAAAGCUCUGGAAGGCUAAUAAAUGGGCCAAUUUAGUCAAGACAUCCCCCCCCCGAAAGAAACUAAGGUUGUACAGUAAUGUAUCUGAGAAAUGACGAUGUAUUACAAAAGGAAACGAUGAAGCCGCUGUCAAAGGCCUCCUUUUGUUUUUAUUGCACUACACUUGUGAGAGAGUGAUAUAGUUAGGACUACACACUGAAUGGAGUAUAUAUAUCAUGUUGCAUCAUGAAGAAAAGACAACUCUAGAUUUUGUGUAUGACCAAUUGCUGUUGACUAUUUAUGUCUUUUAAAUUGAACAGAAAGUGAUUUAUGGGCCUUUUUUAAAAUUUCUGUUUGCCUGCAUCCACCCCCAUGUUUUUAAAUGGUCUCUUUGAGCAAUAUGUACUGCAGUUCACUGUAAUGUGUUUGGGGUUUUUUUGUCUUUAUUUUCCAUGAUGUUUUUAUUGAAAUGCCUGUUAAAGUCAGUGAUUUUAGUUGCUAUUUAUGUUACAUGUCGAAGCCAUAGUGCAGGUGAGGAUUUAGAAUUCUCAGGAUAGAAUGUUGUGAGCAAAUUGUACUAUAUUUUUAAAGUCCUACAUAAUAAGAUGAGUGAUGUACCGUCAAUACCGUGUUGUCAGAGCCGAGUUAAACUAGGAGAGUUAUUGAUUGAGGAAUUACCGUCCACCUCUGAAUGUAAUGGUUUUAACCUGGUUCUCUGUUUUGAGUGGAAAGCUAUUGAUUAUGGACCGAUAUGGAGCUCUAAAACAUAAGCUUCAACAUUAUUUUAUAUUGCUCAAAUAAUUUGCUAAUGUUUGUUCAAUCUCAAUGGACCUAUUCUUUAUUAAUGGCAUAAAUGCUGCGGAUGAUUUUAUUGAUCAGCAGUUUGAAACAAGUUAAAACAACUUCAGACUUUAGGUCUUAAACAUUUCCUGGGCCUCCAAACUGUCUAUAGAGCAUUUGUUUUCUGUGCUGCUGCAGUGAUUGUGUGUGUGUGUGUGUGAGUGAGUGAGUGUGUGUCUGCAUGUGUGUGUGUGUGUGUCUCAGGGAAAUCCUCCUGGCAGAGCAGAGCGACCUGUGUUAGCCUUAAAUGCUCUGCAAAGCUCAGAUCGCCGUCAGACUGUGUAUACUUGACUUAGGUAUAUGCAAGGUUCGAUAUAAGAUAGAGAUUGUACUCAACAUACACUGCUUCUUAAACUGUGAAACCUCACAGUCCCCAACACAAACGGUAGUAGUGGAACCAACUCACUCAAAGGGGUUUACGGCUCAAGCUGCUCUGUGUUAAACAUUUAAAUGCUGUCGGGGUUUUGUUGAAAUGUAAAUGGAACGGACUGAAGAAUGAAACGGUGUGUCUAGGCUGCUAUGAAAUGUCAAUGACUUGUUAUUUAAUCAGGAAAUGAUUUAAGGUCUCUGUAAUGUACUUUGAAUCACUGAGCUAUUGAUAAUUGCAAGUGCUUUAUUUAGAAUAACAUUAAAAUUUCCCUGCAAUAAUGUAUCUAGAUACCUCCAUCUAAGUGCUGCUUUCUAAUCUACAUAACUCAUUGUAACCCUUUUGGAAAUAAAGUCUCGAUCUGUUUCUAGUCUUAAUGCAUGUUAUUUAUCACUUCCUCCAAACAGAAACUCUCCCAGAAGAAUAACCCAGAGACAGUUAUUAUGGUU